AUGGAAUUUGAUAAGAUUAUUCCUCAAAUAACAUGUGCUAUUUGUCUUUCAAAUAUUAGUGAAUGUUGUGUUACCAAAUGUGGACAUGCGUUUUGUAAGAAGUGUUUAGAUGAUGCAUUAAAUUUUAAUGAGAAAUGUCCGUAUUGUAGUUCAAUAUUGAGAAAAGGUGAGUAUUAUAGAUUUUAUCAAUUUGAUUCAUUAGUAAGUUUUAUAGAUGAGUCAAGAAAAGAAAUGGACUUAAAACAAACUUUACAUCAAAAAGGAUGUUCAAAAGAAAAUGGAUUAAUAAAAAAACAAUUAAUUAAUAUAAAGAGUGUUAUUAAUGAAGAAACAAAAAUGGAAAGAAAUGAAUUAGUUAAUGUUCCAUGUGACUUAGAGAAAGUAGUUGAAAAUGAUUUACUAUUAGAAGAAAAUAGAUUUAUAGUAACUGUUAAAUCUAAUCAUCUACCUAUGAUAUUAAAAUCUAAUAUAGAAUCCAUAAAUAUUCAAAUCAACUCAAAGGUUAAAGAACAAAAGAGGUGUAUAAGAGAUCGGUUUAUUAAAGGAAUGACAGAAACUUUUUAUCAUUGUUUUGAUUGUGAUGUAAAAUUUAUAUGUUCAUCUUGUGCAGAAAUAUGUCAUAGUAAACAUCAUAUAGAACCACAAUUAACUAUCUCAUGUAUGAAUGCUGUUUGUUAUUGUUGUAGAUCACCUAACAAAUGUCAAUUAACAAAUUAA